GAAACUUGGUCGAGUGCGUACGUAAGCGGAGCCUCCACAGGCCGCAUGAGAGAGAAAGUUCUCACCCUCACGUGGCGAUAUUCUUGCUGCUCCUAAUACAGAGAUAAACGUGGGGAUGUUUGUUUAGAGACACGUGCGACCCACCAAUGCACUUGCCUGAAGUAAUAUCACGGCUAUUACUCUUCCGUUGUUUUCAGAAACGGACAUUGUGAUCAAUUGAAUAGAAUACUGAGUGAGCUUUGGGAUACGAAUUUUGAUAAGGAAUUGUAAGCCCCCGAUUUUCAUACUUUUUUUUGUGAAGCAUACGAAAGUGCCCUUUGAAGUACGUCUUGAGAAGUCACCACAAAACACAAGAUUGCACAAUGAGACUAAAGUUGGCGCUCAUCGCAUUGUUCGUGGCUGCUGUAUCGGCUCAGCAGUUCGAGGAAGACAACCAUGCCGUGGACAGCGCUUCCCUGCCUGCGGAACACAGGAGCGGUGCGGAUUUUGGACCAAACUUGAUAUCUGCCGCGUCAGAUAACUGGCCUUUGGCACAGCCUGACAUGCCAAGCAUAACUAAUCUGCAGGUGCAAUGCGACAAGACCUACAUGAGAGUCUCAGUCGAGUUCGAUCGUCCCUUCCACGGCAUGAUCUUCAGUAAAGGAUACUUCAGUGACGCGAGCUGCGUACACCUGCGCCCAGGCUCGGGCACGCUGCACGCGCAGUUCGACAUCUACCUGAACAGCUGCGGCAUGAGCAGCUCAUCCAGCGACGGCAACUACGGCCAGCCCACGCCCUCUGGUACCUUCAUAGAGAACACCGUCAUCAUCCAGUACGAUCCGCUCGUCCAGGAGGUUUGGGAUGCUGCCCGCAAGCUGAGAUGUACCUGGUACGACUAUUACGAAAAAUCCGUCACAUUCAGGCCAUUCCAGGUUGACAUGCUGAAUGCUGUGACCGCCAACUUCCUUGGAGAUAACCUGCAAUGCUGGAUGCAGAUCCAGGUCGGCAAAGGCCCUUGGGCGUCAGAAGUUUCAGGUAUCGUCAAGAUCGGUCAGACCAUGACCAUGGUGCUCGCUAUCAAGGACGAUGAGAACAAGUUCGACAUGAUGGUCCGCAACUGCGUGGCGCACGACGGAAAACGUGCACCAAUCCAACUCGUUGAUGAUCUCGGCUGUGUAACAAGACCUAAAAUUAUGGGAAGGUUCCAAAAGAUAAAGGACUUUGGCUCGUCUGCCUCCGUAGUGUCGUACGCAUAUUUCCAGGCCUUCAAGUUCCCAGACUCGAUGAAUGUUCACUUCCAGUGCGUGAUCCAAGUGUGUCGUUACAAGUGUCCUGAGCCGCAGUGUGGUGGAGGUAUCGCCGGACCAGGAUACGCAGCCCCUGGCAUCGGUGGUCCUGGAUUCGCAGGAGCUGGUGUUGGAGGACACGGAUUUUCAUCAGGUGGUGGAGGGUUCGGAGGACACUUUGGUGGCGACUCUGGUUUUGGAGACUACGCUUCUGGUUCUGAACAUCAGUCUGCAGCUUUGCCUGAUCCUAGGACUCCAGGCAGCAAAGCACUUGACCUGCAUAAGCCAGAACCUAACAGAGGACCCGCUGCCGACGAAACACCGCGCCCUGUACUUGUCAACACUGAACUCAAACCUGACCCCAAGGCCAUUCCUCAGCCGAGCAGAGCGUAUCCUGGCGUUAACAGGCAAGGACUUGACAGUUCCUUUGCUGGACGACCUAGAUCUGUUAACUUCAACGACGAUGAGAAUGUCGUAACCGAAGCUGUAGUUGAUGAUUCUGGAAACGUCAGACACCGAAGAUCAGCCGUUGUAAGGAUCUACAAGCGAGCCGCUCAGGAGAUGACUGACGUGAGCACGGAACGCGUCAUCCAAGUUGUUGCACCAGGCGACGUCGCCUUCAACUUGAAUUCUGCCAACGAAACUGUAGUGGUCUCCGAGCUACACGCCGACCCCUCCAACAUCUGUAUGUCGACAGCAGGCUUCGCUGCUGGUCUGAUCAUGUUGCUGCUCGUGCUCACGGUCGCGUGCUUAGUAGCUUGUUUCUUGUAUACUAGGGUCCGUGCGUUCAACUAUAAGAACUCGGCAGCCGCACCAGCUUUUAUGCCUGGUUUCGAAUCUCCCGAAUAUGUAAAAAGUUCUGCAGCUAAAUGAGUACGUAAGCGUUUGAUGUAUCUUUAAGUUUAAUUUCAAUUCACAGAAAAUUAUUCUUGAGAAUGGGAAUAAAGCCGUCCACUGCCUCGCGCAAUGAAUUGUAAUGAUUUUACACUAUGUAUUCAAAUAGUGAAUCGGAAAUAGAGCCCAUGUAGUAGAGUGCAAAUUGAUCCGAAGAUAAGUAUUCCCAAACCGAAUUAGUGUAAUAGCUACGAGAGUUGUAUUUUGACGUUUGAGAUGAAUAUGCAUCUAUUUUUGGACCAGUAAUAAAGAAGCAUUAUUUCCGUCGUUUAUAAGUUUGCGAACGUGAGUCGUCAUUGUCGUUAAGCUUCCCUCAACUCAGGAGCUGAGAAACAGCUCCCAGAGGCCCUAUGAGCGCCUUCAAAUGCAGCUAAACCAAAUCAACUAUUACAAGCGUCUUUGCUUUUUUAUGUCACGUUGAGGAACAAAUAUUGAGCUCAGUUAAAGUUAAAUAUGUUUCUAUACCACAGGUAUGACCCUAGAGCCGCAGAAGGCUAAACUAAAGCGAAACUAACUUUUCCUUUUCAUUAACUCAUCUCACUAACCUGAAUAUAGGCAUUGCAAAUCAUCCUCAUGUCAUCCUCUAAUAUCUUGCUUCUCUCUAAUAAACGUUGUAUUCUAUUUAUUGCUUAGGUUUAAGUCAUUGAUGAGGGCCCGUUCUCUACGAAUAACCUUGUUGCCGCUGUUAUCGUAAUGUUAAAGCCCUUUUCUAUUAGCAGUUCUAAGAUAUAAUGUGACUACCAUAUCUGUUGCACGACUGUUGCAUUUUUAUUCGAGGCCAAUCUUAGUAAAAAGUUAUAUUUUUAACCGUGGCGAACCUGUCUCCAUGGCAAUGAAAACUUUCCCCAACUGAAACGUGAAGGUAUAGUUGAUGCGACACAUGCGUCAGCUCGUUGCUUUUGGAUUUUCUAAAUUUUGUUAAAGUACCAAACUUCAUCUUAUGACAACUUUAUAUGAAAUUUAGUCGAUCGAAUUCUCUUAAUUGAGAUUAGCAUAGAAUUAUUAUGAAAGUCUCUUCUCACUUACAAGAAAUUUCUGUCCUAUUUACGCAAGAUUUUCCAGAUGUCAUUCAUAAGUAAGCCGACACUGACCACACCCAGCUGGCGUUGAUGAAAGGCGAAAACUCUCUGGUUAACGUGUAAAUAAGAGAUCAGAUAUCGUUCAGUCCAGAGGUAUUUAUUUGUAAAUCUAUUGAAAUGAAUGAAUUACAAAAUCAUUUUUU